UACAGCACGCUCCCCUACAGCACCCCCACGCCUGCACCUCUGGCCUACACCCCAGAUCCCCUAUGCCACAGUAAAAAAUACCAAAAAAUCUAUUCUCCCCAUAAUUUACUACGGGCAAAAAGCAUGAAUCAGAAAAUCAAUACCUGUAAAUUAUGUUGUAAUAUAGGAACUUUCGUGCCGCUUAGUAGUAUUCACUCAGAAUGCUUACUUUUUAGAGACAUGGUCAUUUUUAUCUCACUUUAGAUGUCCAUACUGUGGAUCACCUGACUCAGGACAGCCCUGCAAAUCAGGUCAGACAUGUGUGGCAAGUUCUUACCACCAGCAGCAAAAUACCAUCCAACGAGAGAACUGACUUAAUGGAAAAAAGCAAUUUGUACUCAAUUCAUUGUUUGAACCAUAGUAUCAAAAAUGAAAACAAUUCAGCAAUGAUGUCUGAGAACUUUUCUAUACAUAGGACCAUGAUGAUUCCUGGUGAGCCUCAUGAAGGGCAUGCUGGAGAGAACGAGGAGGUCUUUAGUAAAAUGAGAGAACCCAUCAAGUAUCCUGAGCACCUUAGUCACCAGGUGAUUCAGAACUUUCAACAGCCUUUUGAAUUUCGUGAACAAGGAAAAGUCGUGAGUGAAGAAACAGUAUUCACACCUGGAGGAGCCCUUCUGGAAGGGAUUGUCCGUAAAUGCAAUGAUUGCAGGGACACCCGUGAUGAGGUACCUUUCGUUGUCCGAGACAGAACCCAAGGAGGACAGACUCGCUGCAGUUGUAAUGAAAAGGGGAGAGCUGCGGAGAUGACUCCAGUGCAUUUGAAUCUUCCUAGGUAUGUUGAACACGAGCAGCAGGAAUGUUUUGAAAGUGGGGCCAGUCUCAGCAACACAUUUCACACCUAUCCGCGUGAGAGUACCCAGUUAGGACAGAAUAAUUUGGGAUAUAAGAGAUAUGGUGAAGUGGCCUCUAAAACCUCUGUUCUGACUGAACAUCAGAAAACACAAGCAGACAAUCAACCUGAUGAGUGUGGGGGCACCGCUGAGAUUUCCUUACAGAGGGGAUACCAGAGAAAUCUCACUGCAGUGAAGCUGUUUGGCUCUAACGAUUAUGUGAAAACUUACUCAUGGAAGACUGCCCUCACUUUACAUCCACAGUCUCAAACGGGAGUGAAGCGCUACCCGUGUCAGCUGCAUAAGGAAACUUUCAGGUGGAAAUCUGCUUUUAGUGUCCAUCAGAGAACUCAUACAAGGAAGAAACCCUAUGAAUGUCAGGCGUGCAGGAAAGUGUUCUCCCGUAAGUCAGUUCUUGUUCUACAUGAGAGGACUCACACUGGAGAGAAAUGCUAUGAAUGUGAAGGGUGUGGGAAAGCUUUUUCCAGGAAGUCUCACCUUACUGAGCAUCAGAGAAUUCACACUGGAGAGAAGCUUUACGAAUGUCAAGAGUGUAGGAAGACUUUACACUGGAAAUCAUCCCUCAGUCACCAUCAGAGAAGUCACACUGGAAUGAAGUCUUAUGAAUGUCUAGGGUACAGGAAGACUUUCCACCGGAAAUCAUCUCUCACUGAACAUCAGAGUGGUCACACUGGUGAGAAACGCUAUGAUUGUGAAGGGUGUGGGAAAGCUUUUUCUAGUAAGGCACACCUUAUUAGACAUCAGAGAAUGCACACUGGAGAGAAAUGUUAUGAAUGUGAAGGGUGUGGGAAAGCUUUUUCCAGUAAGUGUUACCUCAGUGAGCAUCAGAGAAUUCACAGUGGAGAGAAGCCUUAUGAAUGUCAAGAGUGUAGGAAGACUUUCCUCUGGAAAUCAUCCCUCAGUAAACAUCAGAGAAGUCACACUGGAGAGAAACUCUAUUAUUGUGAAGAGUGUGGGAAAGCUUUUUCCUGUAAGUCACACCUUAUUAGACAUCAGAGAAGUCAAACUGGAGAGAAACCCUAUGAAUGUGAAGGGUGUGGGAAAGCUUUUUCCAGUAAGUGUUACCUCAGUGUGCAUCAGAGAAUUCACAGUGGAGAGAAGCCUUAUGAAUGUCAAGAGUGUAGUAAGACUUUCCAAUGGAAAUCAUCCCUCAGUCAACUUCGGAGAAGUCACACUGGAGAGAAGUUUUAUGAAUGUCAAAAGUGUAGGAAGUUCAUACUGGAGAGAAGCCUUAUGAAUGUCAAGAGUGUAGGAAGACUUUCCAGUGGAAAUCAUCCCUCAAUAAACAUCAGAGAAUUCACACUGGAGAGAAACCCUAGGAUUGUGAAGGGUGUGGGAAAGCUUUUUCCCAUAAGACACAUCUCAUUAGACAUCAGAGAAGUCACUCUGGAGAGAAACCCUUUGAUUGUGUAGGGUGUGGGAAAGCUUGUUCUAGUAAGCCAUACCUCAUUACACAUCAGAGAAUUCAUAGUGGAGAGAAAUCCUAUGAGUGUCAAGAAUGUGGGAAGGCUUUCUGCCAGAAAUCAUCCCUCAGUAAACAUCAGAGAAGUCACAGUGGAGAGAAGCCUUAUGAGUGUCAAAAGUGUGGGAAAACUUUUUCCAGUAAGCAAGCUCUCACUGGACAUCAGAGAUGUCACUGGACAAAAUCCCUAUGAUUGUGAAGAGUGGGAAUACUUUUCAGGAAGUCAGCCCUCACUACGCAUGACAAACUCCACACUGGAUGGAAAUGCUGUGAAUGUCAAGAGUGGACAGGCAGGCCUCCCCUGGUGGUGCAGAUGGUUGAGCGCAGCACUGUGAAGCUGUCCGUGGCCUUUGCGGUGGG